GUAGUGCAUGUGAUCACGGUUUGUCAAUUAAUUGUUAAUCUCAAAAUCAAACGAAGUGGUUGAUAGUGAGAAUGAGAAUGUGCUUAGAAAUUAUUUGGAAAAUAAAGUAUGAACGAAAGUGACAGAAAGGAGAGUGGUUUGUGUUCAAACGUGUUCACUAAAGGCCAAUUUCUAAUUAGAAAAUUAUGAUUAAUAAUGAACAUUUUUUACGUGUUCUAAAACAAAAUGCUUUAGUCUUUUGGUUAUUUCGUUUAUGUGUAUUCGAUUAACUUGGAAACCCGCAGUUUUCCAUCGACUGUAAAGCUCAAAGUUUCUUUAUUUCCGUAUACCUACCAAGUUAAAACAUAAUACUGCUCAUAACAACUCGCAUACAGAUAUCAUCGUUAAAGAUUAAUUUCCGGCAACGAGUUUGAAAGAGAACACAAACGCGACACAUUUAAUUCAAUCAAUGUUGAAAUUGGAAAACCAAGCCAACUAAAUCUAAAACCGGAAAACUAAAUUUGCUACGCAAAUAUUGUAAUUACUUGUGACCGUGAAAUUCUCUGCGAAAAAAAAAACAUUUAAAACAGAUCGCACAGUACAUAUAAAUAUAUAGUAUAUAUAUUCCUAUUAAAAAUUUAAUCAUCAUGACACACUGGGAGGAUUUUUAUAAUACACAUUUACCGCCAACCGAUUUCGAGGAUAAUCGUUCAUUAUUGAAAGAAUUUUGUGAACGUCACAAUAAAUUGCAAAACCGUAUCGUCCUUGUAACGUCAGGUGGGACCACAGUACCUCUGGAGCACAAUACCGUACGCUUUGUAGAUAAUUUUAGUGCGGGAACACGUGGCUCAGCAUCUGCUGAAUAUUUUCUCGAUCAUGACUACGCCGUAAUAUUUAUGUAUCGCGUCAAGUCGCUAGAACCGUUUACACGACACCUUACCGGCCAACAAUUUUUUGAUAUGCUCGACAUUACCGACAAUGGGCAAAGUACAUCGAUUACAGUUAAACCGGAUUCCGUUGAUGUAUUCGCACCGAUAUUAGCCAAAUAUAAACAAGCUCGCGAAUCCCAAAUGAUUUUGUAUGUUAACUUUAACACGGUGGCGGAUUAUUUGUGGCUAUUACGUGCCGCUUGUGAAUGUCUAGCGGCGUUCGAGGAGAGAGCGUUGUUAUAUUUAGCAGCGGCAGUAUCAGAUUUCUACGUUCCUCAGGAUAUGAUGCCUACUCACAAAAUACAGUCCGGUCAAGGUGCACCGACAAUCUCGCUGCAGUUGGUGCCAAAAAUGCUUGCGCCAUUGGCAAGCCUCUGGGUGCCACAUGCAUUCGUUGUCUCAUUCAAGCUGGAAACAGACGAGAAUUUAUUGAUUACCAAGGCGCGCGAUAGUCUCUUCAAGUACAAUCAUAAGAUGGUCAUUGCGAAUAUUCUACAAACACGUAAACAUCGCGUCGUUUUCGUUUCGCCAACCAUGUCGUACGAAGUGCAUCUGAGCAGAGAGCAGGCGCUGCAAGGACUCGAAAUUGAGGAGCCGAUUGUUGCCGAUCUCGUGAAAAGGCACAGUGAAUACAUAAACGGAGCAUCAACGAAUCGACAAUGACCACAGUCGGUGCGGCAAAGACGUCACAUGCAGGUCGACUGUCGCGUGACAACACCACAUUUUUGUCGUCUAUUGAAUCCAGGACCAGGCGUCGGCCGUAAAUAUUAAUUUAAGGUAAAUGUGUGUGUACAACAUCGCUAUAAGCUAUAGCCAAUAUACAUAUAUAAAUACAUAUGUAUAUAAGUGGGGGAAAGUUAUUGGAAAAGCAACAGAGGCAAUAGCAUCGAUUGAAGGAUAUAUCACAAUUAGUUUAUAAAAAUAACAUAAGAAAUAUUAAAGUACAUAUAUAGUUUUUAUACAAUAAGAAUGCAACAGAGAAAUAAUAUACGAUUAAUAGUAACUUUCAUAUUUUUUACAUACAUCUGUAGUAUACAUAUAUAAUAUACAACCCAUAUCUGACGCCCUAAAAUACCUCCUAUAACCAUACAUAACGAACAAUAUAUUGAAACAUUAGUAAUUUUGGUUGGCUAAAAAUGUUCAAAUUUCGAAUAUGUGAGCUUUAAAUCUCGGCAUAGAAUAUAGAGCGAGUAUAUACCAUUUGUUCCAUCUUUUAUUACACUGUAUCUUUCUUGAAAGCACUUAGUUAUAUAUCUCGUAAUCAGUUUUAUAUAUUCUUUGUAAUACCAUAGAUCAUUAGAGAUUGCAGAUGCAGAUUUCUUAUGGGCACAGUGCUUAAGAGGAAAUCUUGAAACGGCUGUUAUAGUGCUCCUUACUCCUUGAGACAAUAGCUCCAAAAAAAUAGUGUGCUCCGCCAAAACAUGGUUGAGUUAUUCCGGGAUACAUUCAGCGCAGCUUAACCAGUUUUCCCAUACCUAUUAUAUGAUUACUAUAUGUCCUAACAAAUAUGUUUCCAUUUAUUUCCAUAUAUACUUAUGUAUGUACAUUCGCUGUUUUGGCCCGCCACAAGUCGGCAUCUUUUCUGUUUUUGUCUUUUUGAAUAACUCCUUCCGAAUAGUUACUUCCUUUGCCUGAGUAUUCGUUGUUCCUUUUGAAAGCACUCUUAUGGAUACUUGUGACACGCUGCAUUGUCUUGGUGAAACAGCACUCUUAUGGAGACCUUCAAACUCUGCUGAUCUUGGUUUUCUCUUAUGGAUAUUAAAUGAAAUUCUCGCUCAGAAGUAGUUCCCGCAUAAUUUCUAUCUUCUUGUUGCUCAAACUACUAAUUAUUAAGAAAACCAAAUAUAGGUUUCUCUCUGGCUUCUCUUGGUUCCGCUUAGUCUUCUACCAAGUCAUUCUAAUCCCCAUCUAUUUUUUCUUAACUUUAUUUCGAAAACCCGAUUAAAUUUAUAUCGUCACAAACAAAAACAAAAAAAAAAAAACAAAAAUGAAAGCGAUCAUACAUAUUUACACUUAGUAUACACGUAGAAAAAGAAGAUCAAAACUGUAACAAAUCAGUGUAAUUUUAUUUAUUAAAACAAAAGUGUUGAAAUAAGACUA